AUGGUGGCGAGAAACAUCAUUUCCCUCCUCCUACUGAUCCUUCCAUUUCUUCUCUUGUCUCCAUGCUCGGCCAAGAGCGAGCUUGACGGCGGAGAGAGUCUCGUCGCCCCCGGAUACCUGGAAAAUGGCAGAUUCACUCUCCGUAUGCAGCUCAACUGCAACCUAGUGUUGCGGUACGAUAGCGUUGUCGUGUGGUGUUCCGGUACAGCUGGCAGGGGAACGGAUUGCAGAGCCACAAUGCAGAGAAAUGGGAACUUCGUUAUACGAAGUGGCAGCACUAAAGUGUGGGAGACCAACUCCGCCGGUGCCAUCGGAACUUACGUCCUUGUCCUCAAAGAUAACGGCAAUCUUGUCAUCUAUAAGGGCCAAGGGCAAAUAAUCUGGGAAAGAGGCACUAGGGCCUGUACUGCUGUGCCGACCAUGGCACCCCUUAAGAACGCGUCCUCCAUUCCUGCAGAUGUUGCGACUAUAAAGCCAUAA